GAAUUGUGCCGUAACUGUGCUCAGCUACAGCAACAGAUCGCACAGCUCGAACUUGAUAAUGGUAAUCGCCUUAUAGCCAUCACCAACAAACAACGUGAAGAGCACGAUCGCUUUGUGCAAUCGGUGAAGUCCGAGAAGGCUCAGGUAAGUGUUACUAACGAGUUACUAGUAACGAGUAACUAG